CGGUGGACUAACUUACAAUUACUCGUCGAUAUGGACAUCUAGGAAUAUUACAAACGUGGUUUUCUUAGAUCAAAACAAAUUGUUGAUUUGCUUAUCAGACUAGAUUAAUAACUAGUUGCAAGUUAAUAAUAUUUACUGUGAAACGUAUUUAAAGAGCUAUCAGUAUGUCUUCCCUUCAAAAAUCAGUAUUAAAAUCUAAAUUGCCGCCGGCGGGUAUCAAUUUUGGUCAUGGAUCUAGGAUAAAUAAGACUAAAGGUUUUCAACGCAAAAGAGAUUAUGAUCCUGUACAAUGGACUCCAUACUUUGAUCAUUCCACUGAUAUCAAAAUAGGAGAAAAUACUUUUCAUAUUUAUACUAAAGGAACACAAGGACCAACGUUGGUUUUAUUACAUGGUGGUGGUUAUAGUGCUUUAACGUGGGCAGAAUUUACAAAAUCUAUUAUGACGAUGGUAAUCUGUAAAGUUAUGGCGAUUGAUCUUAGAGGUCACGGAGAUACGCAUACAACUAAUGAAGAAGAUUUGUCCGCAGAUACUUUAGCUUUGGAUGUAGCAGCAGUUAUAGAAGUGACUAUAGAAGAAGGACCAGUAAUUAUAGUCGGUCAUAGCAUGGGAGGUGCGGUGGCUGUUAAAGCUGCAUCAUUAUUAGCCAAUUUAGCUGGUUUGGGAGUGAUUGAUGUUGUCGAAGGGACAGCUAUGGAUGCUUUAGCAUCUAUGCAAAGUUUCUUAAGAUCUCGGCCAUCUAGUUUUAGUACUAUUCCUCAAGCUAUAGAAUGGUGUGUACGAAGUGGACAAAUUCGAAAUGUACAGUCGGCUAAAGUUUCAGUACCUGGACAAAUAAAGAAUAUUGAAACCAAUCAGUUAGCGACUCACGAUAUUAAUUCCCUUUCACAAACAUCUUCAUGCGAAUGUGAUCCUGAACCAGUGAUUCACCGCGAAGAUGUUAUUGAAGAGGAAGAUUCUAUUACUAUGCCACCACCUACAUCUUCUUUCGUACAUACUAAUAAGAAGUAUGUGUGGAGAAUAGAUUUAGCCAAAACUGAACAACACUGGUUUGGAUGGUUUAAAGGAUUAUCGGCGUCGUUUUUAAAUAUUCCAAUCCCUAAAGUAUUAUUAUUAGCGGGAGUAGAUAGACUUGAUAGAGAACUUACAGUUGGUCAAAUGCAAGGAAAGUUUCAAAUGCAAGUUUUACCAGCAUGUGGACACGCUGUUCAUGAAGAUGUACCGGACAAAGUAGCAGAAGCUAUUGCAACAUUUAUGGUUAGACACAAAUUUGCAGAACCUGCUUCAGACUUUCCACGAACUUUCCCUGCUUGCUAAAUUAAUUAAUAAUGAAUAAAUAUAUUAAAUUAGAUAUA